UAUUCCCACCCCCCCGCAACUAACCGUGGCCUACCGCUGUUACAUGUUGAUGUCAUCGUGCUGAUGCUUCAUGUAACUAACUUUCACUUAUCAUUCAAACUUCUUACAUCCUCAAGCUUCUGAUGAGGGGCCAGUCAAUAAGCACCAUCCACCGAGUGCUGCUCAUACGUCACCGACCACGAUCAUUCCAAUCUCAUCACUUUGCCCAAUUUAACUCAGGUUUUAAGAAACAGAAAAGCACCAUGCCGGCGACAGUGGAUACCUCGCUACCGGGAAAUGCCACCGGCGCCGCAGCUGGAUUCGCAGCUGAUCACGCCGCUGAACAUCCCCUCAAAUUAUACGGAGGUUGGUUCUGUCCGUUCGUCCAACGGACCUGGAUCGUGUUGCACGAGAAGCGCAUUCCGCAUCAAUAUGUCGAGAUCAAUCCGUACGCUAAAGCGCCUGAGUUCCUAGCGCUCAACCCGCGCGGACUUGUGCCUACGUUAGCUAUUCCCGUAGAUACAGAACGUAAGGGAAACAAGCGGAAGCCAUUAUACGAAAGUGCUGUUGUGUGCGAAUAUCUUGAUGAGGCGUAUGCUGACGAGAAGGAAAAUGGGCCUGGAUUAUUACCCGGCGACCCAUACGAGCGCGCCAGGUGCAGACUCUGGAUUGAUCACAUUAGCGGCAAGAUCGUACCGGGCUUCUAUCGGGUGCUGCAACACACUUCCGACAAGGGAUAUAGCAUCGAAGAGGCGCGACAAGGUUUCCUAGGCCAAAUCAAGACUCUAGUAAAAGAGAUUCUAGACAACGAGAAAGAUGGCGAAGAUAGCGGGCCGUGGUUUCUCGGCCGUACGUUCAGCUUGGUGGAUGUUAUGCUUGCACCCUGGGCGAAGCGCCUCUUCCUCGUUGAUCAUUACAAGCCCGGCGGGGUGGGUAUCCCGGCUCCGGGACAGGCCGGCGACGAGGAAGAAGAGAAAAUAUGGACAAGAUGGAGGAAGUGGUAUGACGCGAUAGUUGCGCGCCAGAGCAUCAAGGAUACUUGGAGCGCGGAUGAGCAGUAUGUCGCUGCGUAUAAGAGAUAUGCGGAAGAUACGACGCAGUCUGAGGUCGCGCAGGCCACGAGAAAGGGCGAAAGGCUUCCAUGAGGCGAUGGCACCAUUCGAUUGCAAGUAGGUUAUUGCAAUUAGGUUAGGCAUUCACAUCUCUUCAAAUCGGUUCACCUACUUAAUCUGGUCUAUUCGAAACGAAGAUGGCGAUUUUCUAUGAGGCACAAGCUCCCACCUGAAUCAAUGGCUUCGGUUGGAAUCGUUCGCGAUCCUUUAGCGGGGAUUCCAUAUCUUAAUUCUUAGCUUCUACCUGCGCGAUUCUAUAAUUAUCUCUGUUUCCUUGUAGGUACUUGAGGGCUUAUAUCAAUAACCAAUAACAAGCAUGACAUCCCGGAGAGAGUAGAUGGAAGAGAUACUCUAUAAUGUGGAAACAUAAAAAUUCAUUAUCGACGCCAACAUUCGCAAUAGCCUUUUAGACUUCCCCGUUUUGUUCACAGGUCGUCCCAUGCCGUAGGUCUGGCCUGGAAGCUCUGUUAUUUGUGAGCCCCGCCAUCAGAAGUUGGAAGGAUUCUCUCGAUCCAGAAAGCCAUGUUUCGAAAUAAUAAAUCCUUCUGCAUCCUCAUUUCUUUUGUCCUUCUUAUUUUCAUUCCUCCGCAGGAUAAGUCAUAAUGUGACAGGCAAUGAUUAUAUGUUAUCUCCGUCGUGUGGUUGGAAGUUAAUUAGGUUGAUCGAGUUCACAAGUCAUAGAAGACCUUCUCACUGUCCGCUGAAGACGCAUUCAACAUACAAAGUAACAAUCGUAAUUGAAAAUUAUUAUUUUUUUCUAGCA